AUGAUGAAACAUCGUUUUGAAGUGACAUCAGUUGAUGAACUUAAUCGUGAUAAUACAUCAUUUCAACCAUCGGAAAUAAUUCCAUUAAUCAAUAGUAAAAAUGAAAUUCCAUCAUCAUCAUCUCUAUUAAUUCCUUCAUUUACAACAAUUAAUGAAACUAUUAAACCGUCAACACGAUCAUAUAAUAGUUUUUUACAACAAUUAAAACAAAGUUCAUCAACAACAGAUCUUCGUCAAGAUGUUAAUUCAUCAUUUUUACCGACUAUGCAUACAAAUAAUAAUAGAAAUGUAAAUGUUAAUGGUAAAAUUCAAGAAAUUGAUUCAGCUUAUUCUACAACACAAUCUAAUAAUUAUGAUACGCCUUCUCUUAAUUUAACAAAUAAAUUUCUUUAUGAAUUACGUAUAAAACGUCGUGAAUUACGUGAAAAAACAAGCCAUUUUUCAAUUGAACAACGUAUUGCUUUAAAUCGUCAUGAACAUAAUCAAAAUCGUAAACGUGCACAAGAUAUAUUUGAUAUAAAUUUUGAAUUAAAUGAUAAUGAUAAUUUACAAGAUAAUUUAUUCAAUGAAGAUUUACAAGAAAAAAUUCGAAAUAAUAUUUUUAAUGAAUUAGAUCGUCAACGAAUGAAACAAAUUCAUAAACAACAUCGUCAAUUAAUAUUGGGUCGAGUAAUGGUAAUGAUUUAUACAUCAUUAUUAGUAUUCAUGAGUAUAACAUUAAUUUACGUUGUUAUUGAUUUAUAUAAUCGAGCACAAUAUUUUAAUACAAAAUUGCCAGAUAAUCAGUUUUUAUCAAUGAUUUAUGAUAAAACACCGUAUAAUUGA